AUGCAGGGGAGAGGUCCUGUGACAGGGGGUCCUCCAGGACCACUGAGAUGGUACAGGGACACUGGCAGCGGCAGACAGUAUCUCUACUCUACAAUCCCUCCAUCCAAUGAGAGAAACGACCCCCGCGUGUCUCAAGUACAUCCAAACCACCCCACAGAUCUCUCCAUUCGAAUUGUGAGGCUGACCCCGCGUGACUCAGGAAUGUAUUACUGUGAUAAAUACACAGUGUUUGAUGGGUCCCUCAUUGCUAGCGGCGCAGGGAGCAGGCUGAGUGUUCAAGUUAAACCUGACGUCUCCAUCGAAGCGAAGCCAGAGAGAGUGAAAGUGAACGAGUCCGUCUCCCUCACCUGCCGUGCGCGUGGCUUCUACCCGGGGAGGGUCAAUGUGUCCUGGGUCCAGCAGGGCGGCGCUGAGGAGCUUGCUGCAGAGAGGGGAGAGAAUGCGGAGAAUGAGGACGGGACCUUCAGUAGGGACAGUGUGCUGAAUGUCACUGUCACUCAGGAGCUCAGUGCAGCCACAGUGAGCUGCAGGGUUCAGAUAGAAGGACUGCUAGAGACCGUUCAGAGAGAACACACACUGGUAAUGACUGAUCUCAAACCCGAUCCAGACCGUGGCACUGUCUCUGGGAUUGCGAUUCCCGCAGCCGUCACUCUCGUCGUUCUCAUCGCGCUUCUGCUUGCUGUUGGACUCUACUGUCGAUUCCGCGCAGGGAAGAAAAAGGCUGAGAUCGUGAGGCCUCCAGUGUUGAGCAAUGAAACACAUGAAAAGGAGCUGACGUACGCCAGCCUGGAUUUGCAGAAGAAGUCCAGUCGGCAUUCGAUGAUGGUGGCAGAGUCGGAGGUCUGUGCGUACGCCGAGAUCAAAGGGGCGAAGGCCAGGAAUGACCUCACAUACGCCAGCCUGGACAAGGCAAACCUGAAGAAGAAGAAGGAGGAGCCCGGAGGAGAAGGGGAGCCCCCAGGGGGAGGGACGGAGUACGCCUCUGUGAACUUCAGGAAAAACUGAAGAGAAACCUUGCCAGGAGAUUUCAAAUCUGCUGCCAGCCUCACACACACACACACACACACUGUGACACGGACACAGACACACACACGCGUGUGUGCACUGGAGUCUCAUCACACACUGUGGGUGCAUUAGUUACAGUAACCGAGGUGAGAAUUUCUCCGCUCGCUCACUUUUAUUUUUAGAAAAUGCAGAUUCUUAUAUUUUUGUUUUACGCUUGUUUCUUAUUGUA